GUCUUUAAUUUGUAAGGCACAAAUAUUUUUUAGACUGAAUUGCCAUACCUUGUAGGUUCAUCAACUUGAUGAUCCAUUUUACAUUGUGAUUGUAACAGAAAGUGUCAGUUGACAUGAUCAUCAGACUGUUUCACUUUUUUUUCUUUUCCCUUCUCUGGGAACUGCUACAGGCACAGCUGAUUGCACAGUCCAUAGGUCAAGCAUUUAGUGUGGCCUACCAAGAAUUUCUGAGGGCAAAUGGAAUCAACCCAGAAGACCUUAGCCAGAAGGAAUAUAGUGACUUGCUUAAUACCCAGGACAUGUACAAUGAUGAUCUGAUUCACUUCUCCAAAUCUGAAAAUUGCAAAGAUGUUUACAUUGAAAAGCAAAAGGGAGAAAUCCUAGGUGUGGUGAUUGUGGAGUCUGGCUGGGGAUCCAUUUUGCCUACAGUUAUCAUAGCCAACAUGAUGCAUGGAGGACCGGCAGAGAAGUCUGGGAAGCUGAACAUAGGGGACCAGAUCAUGUCAAUCAAUGGGACCAGCUUGGUUGGUUUACCACUCUCAACGUGUCAGAGCAUUAUAAAGGGUUUGAAAAACCAGGCCCGGGUUAAACUGAACAUAGUUAGAUGUCCUCCAGUAACCACAGUCUUGAUCAGAAGACCGGACCUCAGAUAUCAGUUGGGCUUCAGUGUUCAGAAUGGGAUUAUCUGUAGCCUUAUGAGAGGAGGCAUAGCAGAGCGAGGAGGUGUGCGUGUUGGCCAUCGGAUCAUUGAAAUCAAUGGGCAGAGCGUUGUAGCAACACCCCAUGAGAAAAUUGUUCACAUCCUCUCAAAUGCUGUUGGUGAGAUCCAUAUGAAGACUAUGCCAGCUGCCAUGUACAGACUGUUGACUGCACAAGAGCAACCAGUUUACAUUUGAAGCUGACACCUCACCUCCACAGUGUGCAUGGAAGGUGUUUUUCCUCAUUAGUGCUUGUCUCUCUAGUGCUGCAUUUGUGUGUCUGCAAAGACAUUUCUUUUUCUCUCCCCAGUUUUUAGACACAAAUACACUGUUUCUCUCUCCUUCAUCCCUUUUUCCUCUUCUUCCCACCACUUCCCUGCAUUUUGGUAAGGGGCAAAAUGUAUUUCUGGAACUAUUUUGGUUGCAUCUUUUUACAAGUGAAACUUCAUACAGCUCCACAUGCAAAACGGGGAAAUAACAGCAGCAUAGGUUACAGCAGUAUUCACAGAUGGCUCUAUUUCAUGCUACAUUAUCAGUUUUAUUUCUGUGGCUAUAAUUUUAUAAACCAAGUAAAUUAAAUGUUGCUGAAUGAAAGAUGACUUUACCAAACAGAGAAGUAUAGAGUACAAAGUGUUCUCUUGGAUAUCUUGCCUAUGACUUUGCUUUUCUUGCCCUGUUUUCCCACAGGCACCAAGCUCAGUACUAAAGGUUUGUGUCUGUGGGGAAAGUAGAAUACCAAAAGGAUUGUUUUGCCCUCAGGAAAAAUUGCCUGCUUCUGAAGACUCAGUAAAUGCUGCUGUUGUAAAAUGAAUUGUCCAAAUACACAAUUCCCCUCUGUCAUCAAUUCUUCAUCAUAGUAGGACUCCAAAAUAUACUCCAUAAGUUCCUGAAACAUGCUAUUCUUGCAUUACUUGCACUUAGAAAUUUGGGAGGCAUUACUAACAGCUGCCUCCCCCUCUCUGCCCCCAGAUUUCUAUCUCCUGGUUUUCUUCUGCUUUGUCUUUUAUAGUCCCUUCUUGAUUUUAGAGGUUAAAGAAGUGGGGGGAGAAUCUUUAAAUAUCCACAAGAAAAAUAGUGAGGGGAUCUGCUGAAUAGCUACACUUUUUCUAGGCUCUUAAUUACAAUUUUGGUGCACAUAGCCAUGUGUGCCAGUGUAUAUAGACAUUUUUAAAAUUGUGCUUCCUAUUUAUGAAGUUUGAAUAUAAGAGAUCUGCAGACUAUUCUAAGUAAUUUUGUUCUCUGAGCCAGUUUCAACAUAUAUUUUUGUCCAAAGACCUGUCUAAUUUUAUUGACUUCCUGUUUAGUUCAUGAUAUAGAUAACAGUGGAAAGGAUGAGGCAGGAAUAAACUUAUUUAUUUUGUUAUAUAAUUUAGCUUGUGAUUUUUUUCCCCACAUGUAUGGCACUUACAAGAGAUAUGUGUGUACUAUAUGCACUUGUAUGAAGAUGAUUAACUGUAGGGAUAUAUGAAAUCUUGUAUUUGAUUAGCCUCUAAGUUGCAUGCUAGAGACAAAAGGGGAAAAGGGGGCUGGGUUGGGUUCUUUGUUUUUUUUUUAAGAGGGUUCAAAAUAAAAAAGAAACAGUGUCUUUUCUUCCUAGUGAGAGAAUUCUACAUUCUCUAUAGUUACUUUUUUCAGGACUGUAUACUGGUGUUUAUACUGAGGUUGAACCAUGCGUUUAAUCCAGGCUAGAAUGUUGAUUUCUUUUAAAGAAACAGUUUGUGCUGUGUUUUGCUGUGAUGGAAAGGCUCAGUGAGAUGAAAAGAAGAGCAGACGACACACAGCCACAUGCCACUUCUGCUUUGCAAAUGCGGUGUUGUUCAUAGUCACUUGUUUGUCACUUGUUGUGACGUGAGCUGUGCAAUGUAAGCGUUGCUUGCAGUCCAGUGGUGAUCCUAGACAUUGCUAUGGGGAUUCAUGGAAGUGGAUGUGUGCAUGUGUGCUUGCUGCCAACACUGCUGAGAACCACUGAGCAUUCUUGUCAGGGGUCCGUUUUUUUGCUUUCUAAAACCAUGGAUAACCUCAAUCUGAUCAGAGUUAGAGGAUAAACUGUAUUUCUGUGGUAAGCAGAUAUUUAAGGGACAUAUUGAAGUGAUGCAUAAACUGUUGUAGUAAGGGGAUAUGUUUUAGUGUUGAAAUUAAUGUAUGAUGAAUUGAUUUUACUGCAUUUCUUGUUGUUAUAUAAUUUAAUCCAAGGCUCCAGAAUAGCAGAUUGCACAAGAGAAUGGUGUUAGUAUUCCAGGUUAGUACUUAACUCUGCUGCCUCACAGAUGCAACAAGAUAAUUAAUUGCUUGUGAGUAUAUUGUUUAACUGUAGGCAUCUGGUUUAUGGCAAUUUGAACCUUUUUUCCUAGAACUUUCCAUAUAUAUAGUAAUAAAUGUAAAUAUGGUAUAUAACCAUGUACAAUUUAGAAGAUUAUAUACAGUGCAGCCUUUCCAUACAUUGCCUGAGGAAACUUAGUGAACUCUUGAAGACACAGUCAUCAUGCUCCUGGUACCUGCUAUAUGUAUGCCCUCCACUUCACUUGUUUCUGUAAUUCUGUCUAGCUGAUGUGGUGAAGUCCUUAGCGCACUUCACUGGGAAAUGAUGAAGAUCUGAACAUGCAAAUAUAUUUAGAGAAGAAACAACUGUUUUCUUUGGAAAACUUGCAGCCAGCAGUUUGUGAAGUUACUGUUCAUCCUAAAUAGGUGCUUAACAUUAAGCAAAUGAAUGCUUGCAGGACCAGAGCUUAGCAAAAAAAUCUCAUUUUUUUAGUUAUAGUAUGUGCAUAAAAUUUCUAAACUGAGAGGUCCAUAGAGUGUGCACACUUCUGAGAACAGUCUUGUAAGCAAUCCCAUUUUACUCUGUAAACGGAAAGAGUUUCAAGAAAAUGGAACUCAAAAGGGAAAGCUGGCUGUUCUCUAGACUGUUGCAGCAGUUUGAUAGAUCAGAUAUGGGGAUUUUUAACAGAUGCAAAGGAACAUUCCUUCAAAGGUUUACAUUCCUUCUUCAGUGACAGACCUGAAUUAUUUUUCUUUCAUCCUUGCUGCUUCAUACAGUCUAAGUAACUCUUCAGUGUUUACAUUAAGGAUGAAACAUCCCUUGUAUUUUUUAUUUUUUAGAAGUUUCAUGUUUGUUUUGAAUCUUGUUUGAGUCUCAGUUUGGAUUUCCAAGUUUGCUAGUUCUCCUUCUUUUCUAAAAGAAAUUUAUUUCUCAAGACAGCAACAUGGUUGAGAUCUCUUGUAUAUAUUUAGCACAGUACCUAGACUAUGAAGUUGUACUUCUGUUCUGUAAAGAGGAUGAAUAGAAAUUAUUGUAAAGCGUUGGGAAAAGCAUAGUAUUGUAUUUGUAACAAUAUUGUUCUUUGUAAACAUUUAAUUAUCUCUAUAUAAAAAUAUAAAUAUAUAUAUAAAUAUAUGUGAGCCUGGAAUGUUGAUAUUGCACAUCUACUGAAUGUAAUUACUCUGAUGUUUUUCUGCCACAGGUCUCUGACCUCUCUAAUGAAGCUGUGCUUGUUUGAUUUGGGGGAUACAGAGGGGAGAAGAGUGGGCUUUAUGCUUUGGAUGAGGCAGGGUAGGGGGUUUCUGGCCAGUCAUUUUGUUGUGAUGUAUUUACUGUGCUACAUUCCUUUAUUUAACAGAGCGCUAAUGUCUGUAAGAUUUGCAACAAUAAACUACAAAACAAAAAUACCUCAGACAAGGCUGAGAAUUUGCUCAUACUGACCUAGAGGCUGACUUGCCAAUGCUGAAUGCAUACAUAAUUAGGUGACUGAACUUCUUUUUUGCCAUUUAGUCUGGAGUAAUUCUGUUUGUGUUUCUGCAGUUGUGAAGUAAUGCUGUUAGCUUUAUUUUUAAAACAGCAUUCUUUUCAGGCAAUACAUGACACUAGUGCUCCUCAACAAAACAGACUCCUAUUCUAAGGUAGCAUCCCAGUUUUUACUAUGUGAAAUGCCACUGUGGUUGUGACAGAAAUACUGUUUCAUUGAUUGAAUAACUUUAAAUAGGAAUUUUUCAUAAACGGGGCUUUGAUAAAAAUUCUUCACACUUAAGAGUAAUUUCUGAAAUCACUGUUUUCCUUCAAAUGUCAUCAGCAUGGUUUACUAUUAAAGACCUAACACUAUUUAAAUAAAUAAAAA